UCGAGAUUCCGUAGUCGGUGAGUCGUCUCGCCCUCCUCACUCCUCAGUCCUUCGUAUUAACACUUCCCGAGUGUUAGCGACUUAGCGUAAUAUGUCCGAUUGACUGCCGUCCGCAAUUCGAGCACCAACUGUACUUGAAUUAUACAGUCUGAUCAUUCAGUCGUCCUACCCAUUCUCUCUCUCCCUCUCUCUCUCUCUCUCUCUCUCUCUCUCUCUCUCUCUCUCCAGCUUCAUCUCUGUUCCUCUCCUGCAAAUCGACUUAAUGGCUGACAGCAGUAACGUAGCCGCUUCUGGGACAGAGAAUGUCCCGGAAGUAAAUCCACCGCAAGUUAGACGUUCUUGGGCCGACGAGGAAGAUGAUAUGGCCGAAGAACCCACUUCGUCGGCGUCCGGAGACAAGCCGGCUGAACUGAAUGUCGAUUCUCUGGCAAUCGAUGAGAGCAAGAAAGUCAACAAGUUUCUGGACGAACCAGAAGAUUCGAAUAUUAAAGCGGUUACAUCGGGGGAUACUCCCUAUACGUCUGCUUCUACUUUCGAGGAUUUGAAACUGUCUCCUGAGCUGCUGCAGGGGCUUUAUGUUGAGAUGAGAUUUAAUAAGCCUAGUAAGAUUCAGGCAAUAAGCUUGCCGAUGAUCCUGACUCCACCGUAUAAGGAUUUAAUAGCGCAAGCUCACAAUGGUUCUGGAAAGACCACUUGCUUUGUGCUCGGGAUGCUGAGUCGGGUUGAUCCCAAUCUCAAAGCACCUCAGGCGCUUUGCAUUUGCCCUACAAGAGAGUUGGCCAUCCAGAAUCUGGAAGUUCUACUGAAAAUGGGAAAAUACACAGGGAUAAGUACUGAAUGUGCUAUUCCCUCGGAUAGUUCCAACUAUCUUCCAAUUUAUAAAAGGGCGCCAAUAACGGCACAAAUAGUGAUCGGAACUCCCGGUACCAUAAAAAAGUGGAUGUCAGCAAAGAAACUUGGGACGAGGGAUAUUAAAAUUCUUGUUUUUGAUGAGGCUGAUCACAUGUUAGCAGAGGAUGGCUUCAAGGAUGACUCUUUGAGGAUAAUGAAGGACAUAGAAAAAAAUAGUGUGCAUUGCCAGGUGCUUCUUUUUUCAGCUACCUUUAAUGAGACUGUCAAGAAUUUUGUGUCAAGGGUGGUUAAAGAUGGGAACCAAUUAUUUGUUAAGAAAGAAGAUUUGUCAUUGGAGUCUGUAAAGCAGUACAAGGUGGACUGUCCAGAUGAACUUUCAAAGGUACAAGUGAUUAAGGACAGAAUCCUUGAAUUUGGAGAAAGGGUGGGGCAGACAAUUAUAUUUGUACGCACAAGAAACAGCGCCGGCAUGUUGCAUAGAUCAUUGGCUGACUAUGGUUAUAAAUGUACUACUAUUCAAGGUGCUCUUAAGCAAGAAGACAGGGACAAGAUAAUCAAGGAAUUUAAACAAGGAUAUACUAAGGUCCUCAUAUCAACUGAUCUUCUUGCUAGAGGUUUUGACCAAUCACAGGUUAAUCUGGUUGUCAAUUUUGAUCUCCCUGUCAAACAUGAAACUCCAUCAGAACCUGACUAUGAGGUUUACCUACAUAGGAUUGGUAGGGCAGGACGUUUUGGUCGCAAGGGAGCUGUGUUCAACCUGCUCUGUAGUGACAGGGACAAAAUGCUCAUGGAGAAGAUUGAGAAACACUUUGGGCAUCGAAUUGCUGAGGUACCUUCUUGGCAGAGUGAAAAGGAUUUUGAAGAGGCUUUGAAAGCAGCUGGGCUUGCAUAGAUUAUGAUGGAUUGGAACUGCCUUAAUGCCCACCUGGCUGCUUACAAGAGAUUUUCCAUGAAUCAAUGGUUGUAUCUUCCGUGAGAACUGCCCACAGGGUUCUUGCAGCUUUACAGGAGGUCUUGUAUGGAUGACCUUCGUGUCUGUUGCUUCAAGAUGCUGGGUGUCAAGAUAUUCUCAGGCUUAUUAGAUAGAUAAUUGAUGAUAUGAUAUCUAUAUAUUUGUUUUCUCUGAUGUUUUCAUUGCAAAAUGUAAGUCAUCCCUUUCGGAACUCGGAACUUGAUCAGAUGCAUACAACACGCUUUGUUUUGUGUGGAAUACGACUUUAAAUCGUCUGGGUUGUUCUCUUUUUGCGGUGUUUACAGUAUUUCAGGUUUCUUAAAAAAGACAAAUAUCUAAUUCCGUGUCUUAAGUUUAGCCUUCUUCAA